AUGCUUGCCUGUACACUUCCAGAGAUUUCACCAUUCAUGUUUACUCAGAACUGUCCAUACAAAAAGAGAAGAACAACUCAUCAGAAGCCAACUGUAAGGUACCAAGUGCAGCAUUUGCCAAACGAGAUCAUUGUUGAUCUGAAGAAGACUGCUCCUAAGGAAACUAUUGAACACCAUAUUUUAUCUCAUGUUAGGAAUUUCCAAGAUACCAUUCCUAGAUAUAAGUUAGUCACCGACUGGCUCGGUAACCAAUAUUAUGUUGAAAACGACAUCAACCAAGAAACAAUUUUCAACGAAGUACUAAGAUCUAUUAAUUGGACCCAGUUUGGUAUCAACAUGUGCAAGAAGCUAUUCCGUGACUAUGACAUUCAAUUGAAACAUGACGGGAAAGAGCUCAGAGUAACAAGCAAAAUGGAUGGUAUUGAUCAGAUCUUCGAAUUGAAUGAGGAAGUGGAUGACGUUGAAAUUAUGGGACUACAGUUAUCCGAUGACUUGCAUGAUGCUGUUUUGAAAUUACGUUUGAUCAAGAAAGAAAUGCAGGAAGAAAAAGUGAAGAGUGUACAAUGUGAACACAAAGAAAGUGUGCACAAGAAAGAACCAUCUGAAUUUGAAACUAAAAAACCUUCCCAAGUCACAGAGAGUAAAGAAAUCCUCAAAAGGAAAAACCGCCAUUAUCAUCACCACCACUCUAAAAACGAGCCCAGAAAUAAGACAAAGAGCAACUCCAGAAAGGUCAAAAAAGUUGAAAAAGAAUUACCCACUUCGGAUGACGACAACACACAGCUAGAAGCAUCGAAGCCUAAAGCCUUUAAGAUCGACGUCCUCUUUGACUCUAGUGAUUCUGAAAAGUCAGAGAAUAAUGUCAACUCCAGUAACAACUACGACAAUGGAGUUUCUCCACCCAGAAGAAACUCCGCCUCAAGUGUUAACUCAGUAGUAUUGGAAGAAGUUGAAGACGAAGAGGUAAGAAGAUGGCAAAAAUCGUUGACGCAAACACCUUCUGGUCACUCCGUUUUAGAGGAUGUGUAG